GUUCGGAGCAAAGAUCCACACUGUACCUGGAUAUAGCGCCCCAUAUCCUGCGAACACACCAAAUCCUGAGAGUCUUUUUUUGAGGUGACAAUGUAUGAUCGGGCUCCUCGUUCUCUUGCUGUCUGUUUGGGCAGCACUCACGAAAAUGUUGGUCCAGGAUCUUAUGACUUGCCUCUCGAGAAGACCUACAAAACAGAUGGAUAUGCUCCCUUCUUAUCAUUGGCAAAGCGAGAUUUUGCGUUUAAUGUCCAGCAGACAAUAUCUGUUGCUCCUGGUCCCGGACACUAUGAUGUUUCCAAAGUAAAGGAUAAGGUUAAAGGAGGGCAAACUAUGAAGAACAAAGAAUCACGUUUUAAAGAGCCUGCCUCAUCUGUACCUGGGCCUGGUGAAUAUGAACUGCUUUCAAGUAUGGAUACGAAAAUACUGCAAAAGAACCAGGCUGUUUCUCCAACAAAACCACAAACAAGAAUCUUAAGCCAUGUGAAGAAAUAUUAUAUACCAGGGGCUCCUUCAAUUCCUACACCUGGGCAAGCAUUUGGUUACGAGGAGACACAGAAUGGCUCUCUUGUUAAACAACUUCCACCUACAAUGGACCAUAGUAUGGGGCCAGCCUACUAUGAACCUACUAAUCAAGAAGCAUAUGCAACUUUGAAAUACAAGGGUGUACAUUUUGGAAAAUAUUCCGGAAAACGAAUUGAAUUUCAAUACAGAGAAGGACCUGGCCCGGGUGAAUAUGACAUAGAUCAGGAAAGUGCACUGCAUUAUGAGAAUGUCAACUCCAAGAAGGAAGACAAGAAGAAAUAUGAGCCAUUCAUUCCACGGUAUCACGAAGUAAUCGCAUUACAGGAAGAGAAGAAGGGUGUACCAGGACCCGGAAACUAUGAAAUUAUGCGCCACUUUGAUAAUGGACAGAGACUAUCAAAAUCAGCAAAUAUUCCACAGCCACCAUUUCUUUCAAAUGCCGAAAGAUUUCAACCUGCAAAAUCAAUCACCCCAGCCCCAGGAUCAUAUAAUGAACAACGCACAGCAUUUGAGUCCUUGAAAAAAAUAUCAAGUAUGGCACAAAAACCAUUUGGUCAAACUGCAGUUCGAUUUACUCAAGAGCCAAGGCUGCAACAGACACCAGGUCCAGGAUCUUAUGACAUUUUCCGUCAUGGAUUUGCUAAAGAAAUAAUGAAGAAAACAACCUAUGAUAGCACAAAGAAAGGAGGAUUUGGAUCUUUUGCAGUGCGAUCGCUCUCCAUAUCAAAAAGAGACGCAUCCUUAACACCUGGCCCAGCACACUAUGUUGUCAAGGACAAAAUUGAAGAACCAUACAAACAUCAAACAUCAUCUGUCUUUUCAUCAGGAACAGAAAGGCUAUCUUCACAGAUAGGUGCAAAGGAUUCACCGUCUCCAGGUGCCUAUAAUAUUUGUGAAUCAUUGGAAAUAAUACAUGGUAAAGGCAGAUACCGAGCACCCAGGACCACACAUGCAAAAAAAAAACAUGCCUCCUUCUUAAGUUCUACUCCAAGAGCUCUUACAUUAAAGAAUGACUGCAAUGUACCAGGACCAGGAGCCUACAGUCCUGUGAUUAAAACAACACCUCAAGGAUUGUUAUCUCUUUCAAAAGAAGAACGUUUCAAAGAUGUGAAGGAGGAUACGCCUGGACCUGGAACUUAUGAGCUCAGCACAGUUUUCAUGGACACAGUGCUAAGGGGGACAUUCAAUGCAACUUUGCCUAACCCACUGCUGAAUCAAGUGGAGAGUAGCCCACAGAAAGUUCUAGCUCUUAAGCAACCUUUCGCAUUAAGUGUCUAAUUAUGCUUUCUUCCCUUCACUGAUUUGAACUCUACAUGAAGACCCAAAAAGGCAAUCAGGACAUUUUACACAUCACUCAAUUAUGGUUUUUUGCUUUUUUUUUGUUGCAAGUUUUCUGAAUGCU